GCCUCGGUGUCCCCUCAGGAGAAUUACGAGGACCCCCACAAAACGCCGGCGUCGCCCGUGGUUCACAUCCGCGGCCUCAUCGAUGGCAUCGUGGAGGCCGAUCUGGUGGAGGCGCUGCAGGAGUUCGGGCCCAUCAGUUACGUGGUGGUGAUGCCAAAGAAGCGUCAGGCGCUGGUGGAGUUCGAGGACAUCCUGGGCGCCUGUAACGCCGUCAACUACGCCGCCGACAACCAGAUCUACUUCGCCGGUCACCCGGCCUUCGUCAACUACUCCACCAGCCAGAAGAUCUCGCGGCCCGGCGACAGCGACGACGCGCGCGGCGUCAACAACGUGCUGCUCUUCACCAUCCUCAACCCCAUCUACUCCAUCACCACGGUGA